UUCUUUAAAGAUAAAAGGGGGAGUAAAAAAAUAAGAGGGUUUAAGUUUAGGGUUUGUAACAAGAGAUAUAAAAGAGAUGGACUCCGAUUACACGCGUGGUGCCUCCAUCUCUGGCUGUGAUUUUGGAUUCGCUUUCAAUGAUAGUAAAUUCUCUGGACCCUCCGACUGCGCUCCCGACGGUGAGGGUUGCACUAGCUUCACCGAUUGGGCCAGCCGUCGCAAGAGGCGCCUAGAGGAUAUCAAGAAGGAAAAUGAUUACAGCAUGUGUGUUGUUUGGCCUUUUUCUCUAACUCCAUGGCUCGUUUCUUCUCUGGAUGCUCACGCAGCUUCAGAUAAAGCUCAGAGUACUUUUGUCACAUAUUGAGCAACUUCGUAUCAAUUACUGGGGCGUCACAUCUGUGAAGCUACAGUCAGUAUUGCCUCCUGGUUUGCAAUCUCCACGUGUAAAGGAUGUUGUGGAUGAGAAUUACCAACCUGUAGAGGCAUCUGGUGUUGGAAGGAGCUGGGUGCGGAGCAUGUUUAGUAGGGAUUCAACAUUAAGAACAAACUUAUUUUGUCGUGUUCGUAAAUAGGCUUCUGAUGGUGCAGCAUGUAUAUCUUUUGUUAGCAUUAGAUACCUAGAGUGUUCUAUAUUGAGGAAAUGGACCAAAUGUUUUCAUGGCUAUUUAUGUUUUAAUUGAUCAGCGAAUGAGAAUGCACGCAAAAAAGAUUUGCCUGCUGCUGGGCCGAAGAGAACACAAACCAAUGUUCGCAUAUUGAGGGGUAGUGGUGCUGUUACUGCUUCGCAUUGUGUAACAAGAAGAGAGGUGUGAGAUCCUGUGGGUGAUCGUGAGGAUGCUAGUUUCUGUAUUAGUGGAGACUUUCAAAAUCAACUUCAAGCUUGAAAGAAUGUAAUUCCGUGUCUUU